GUCCCCUCCCUAUUUGGGGGUUUACGGUUUGCGAGGGGGGCAGCCUGCCGCGGCUCUCUGGGUCCGCAGGGUCCUCCCAGAGGAGGCACCAUGGAGCGCUCCCCGGGAGACCGCCCCAGCCCCAGCGCCCAGGACCAGCCCUCGGCUCCCUCCGACCCCCCGGGCCAGCCCCCGACUGCGCCCCCGAAGCCGGACCUGAGUUCUGGAGACCAACCUGCCGGCCCAGGCGCGGCGGGCGAGGCCCUGGCGGUGCUGACUUCGUUCGGGCGGCGGCUGCUGGUGCUGGUGCCGGUGUACCUGGCGGGGGCCAUGGGGCUCAGCGUGGGCUUCGUGCUCUUCGGCCUCGCCCUCUACCUGGGCUGGCGCCGCGUCCGCGACGGGAAAGAACGGAGCCUGCGAGUGGCGCGGCAGCUGCUGGACGACGAGGAGCGGCUCACGGCGGAAACGCUGUACAUGAGCCAUCGGGAGCUCCCUGCCUGGGUCAGCUUCCCAGACGUGGAAAAGGUUGAAUGGCUAAAUAAGAUUGUGGCCCAGGUCUGGCCCUUCCUGGGACAGUAUAUGGAGAAGCUGUUGGCUGAAACCGUGGCCCCAUCUGUUCGAGGAUCUAACCCUCAUUUACAAACAUUUACAUUCACCCGAGUGGAACUGGGUGAAAAGCCACUGCGCAUCCUAGGAGUCAAAGUUCAUCCGGGUCAGAACAAACAACAGAUCCUGCUGGACUUGAACAUCAGCUACGUGGGCGAUAUACAGAUUGAUGUGGAAGUGAAGAAAUAUUUCUGCAAAGCAGGAGUCAAGGGAAUGCAGCUUCAUGGUGUCCUGCGGGUGAUUCUUGAGCCGCUCAUAGGAGACCUUCCGAUUGUGGGGGCUGUGUCAAUGUUCUUUAUUCGACGCCCGACCCUAGAUAUCAACUGGACGGGGAUGACCAACCUGUUGGAUAUCCCGGGACUCAGCUCGCUCUCUGACACCAUGAUCAUGGACUCCAUCGCUGCCUUCCUGGUAUUGCCCAACCGAUUACUGGUGCCCCUGGUGCCUGACCUUCAUGAUGUGGCCCAGCUGCGCUCCCCUCUUCCCAGGGGCAUUAUUCGGAUUCACCUGCUGGCUGCUCGAGGAUUAAGCUCCAAGGACAAAUAUGUGAAGGGCCUGAUUGAGGGCAAGUCAGACCCCUACGCAAUUGUGCGAGUGGGCACCCAGACAUUCUGCAGUCGUGUCAUCGACGAGGAGCUCAACCCGCAGUGGGGAGAGACCUACGAGGUGAUGGUACAUGAGGUCCCGGGCCAGGAGGUGGAGGUGGAGGUGUUUGACAAGGACCCAGACAAAGAUGACUUUCUGGGCAGAAUGAAGCUGGAUGUAGGGAAGGUGUUACAGGCUGGAGUCCUGGACGAUUGGUUCCCGCUACAAGGCGGGCAAGGCCAAGUUCACUUAAAGCUAGAAUGGCUGUCACUCUUGCCAGAUGCAGAAAAACUGGAGCAGGUUCUGCAGUGGAAUCGAGGCGUCUCCUCCCGACCAGAGCCCCCAUCGGCUGCCAUCUUAGUUGUCUAUCUGGAUCGGGCCCAGGAUCUCCCUCUGAAGAAGGGGAACAAAGAACCCAACCCCAUGGUACAACUGUCAGUUCAGGAUGUGACCCGGGAGAGCAAGGCUGUCUACAACAACAACUGCCCAGUAUGGGAGGAGGCCUUCCGGUUCUUCCUGCAAGACCCUCAAAGCCAGGAGCUCGAUGUACAGGUGAAGGACGACUCCAGGGCCCUGGCUUUAGGGGCACUGACCCUGCCUCUGGCUCGCCUGCUGACUGCCUCCGAACUCACCCUGGACCAGUGGUUCCAGCUCAGCAGCUCUGGCCCAAACUCCAGGCUCUACAUGAAACUGGUUAUGAGGGUAUGGAGGUGGGGAGCGCUGAGGGUGUGGCAGGGUCUUGUACGUUCCUUGGCAUUAACGGUAAGGCAGGGGGAGGCCGCUAAGAUGAAACGAGCUAGUAUCUGUGCCGACGCCUACAUCAUGAGCAAGCAACAGGUGGCCACUGCCAUCAUGAGUGUGAGGGCACCUUCAUCUUCUGAUCACAGUGCUGUUGCUCCACAGGUUCGGGGUGAGGGGACUGGUGCAUUGGGCUCAUUAUCCCUGCCGCUCUCGGAGCUCCUUGGGGCUGACCAGCUGUGCGUGGACCGCUGGUUUACACUCAACAAUGGUCAAGGGCAGGUGCUACUGAGAGCACAGCUGGGGAUCCUGGUGUCCCAGCACUCCGGAGUGGAAGCUCAUAGCCACAGCCAUAGCUACAGCUCCUCAUCUGUGAGUGAAGAACUGGAGCCCUGGGGGGGCCUGCCUCACACCACCUCCUCAGCCCCAGAGCUCCGGCAGCGCCUGACCCACGGUGACAGUCCCCUCGAGGCUCCAGCCGGGCCUCUGGGCCAGGUGAAGCUAACUGUUUGGUACUACAGUGAAGAACGAAAGCUGAUCAGCAUCGUUCACAGUUGCCGGUCCCUUCGACAGAAUGGACGGGAUCCCCCUGACCCCUAUGUGUCACUGUUGCUACACCCAGACAAGAACCGGGGCACCAAGAGGAAGACCUCACAGAAGAAGAGGACCCUAAAUCCUGAAUUCAAUGAACGGUUCGAAUGGGAACUGCCCCUGGAUGAGGCCCUCCGGCGAAAGCUGGAUGUCUCUGUGAAGUCUAAUUCUUCCUUCAUGUCAAGAGAGCGUGAGCUGCUGGGAAAGGUGCAGUUGGACCUCGCUGAGACAGACCUAUCCCAGGGUGCGGCCCAGUGGUAUGACCUCCUGGAUGACAAGGACAAAGGCAGCUCCUAGGAGCAGGGGAUUAACAGCCUCACUGCGGUCUCUCUGCCUUGCCUCCUGCCGCAUCACCGCCUCGAUGUGACGAGCCAAAAGCUAGGGCCUGAGGCAGAGCCUGUGCCCCUCGGCCCUCUUACCUCCCAGGCCCUUGCCAGGGCCUUUGCCUGACCAAAGAGGGGAACCAUAUGUUACCCUUUCUUUACUGCACGGCCUUUAUCCUUCUGGGCUCCUGAGGCAGGGACCUGAGCUGGCUAUUUCCUGCUCUGCCUGCAAAGUCUCCUUUCCGCCCAGCUCCUCAGGGCCUUCUGUACCUGUGCCUGGCCACUGGCAGCACUAGCAGUGGCAUUAGCUUAUGCCAAAUACAUUUUCAGAAAGACCUUUCAAUUGAAUGGUCAUCUUCUUCCCUGUUGUCAGCAGGGAGGGAAAACACAUGGGCAGGGAAGUGGGUCGGCUGACCUCUCAAGCUCUGAGCCUCUUGGACCCCUGCAUGUAGCGAAUGUAGAGCAGCCCAGUCCCCCGUGCAUUUCUGUCCCCACGUCCCUCAAGCCUGUCCCGAAAACGACACCUGCUACUGACGGGGGCCAGCCAGUCUCCUGACUCCACUUGGGAACUGGGGACACUUGGAUUCUACCCGAGCCUUCAGGUAGCAGGUGGCACUCUGGGAGCCUCUAGCAGGGGGCCUUGGAGGCCUCAGAACAGCAGGGCCAAUUUUUUUCCUGGAUGCCUAGGCUGUUGACUCUCUGACUAGAAUUGAAUCUCGUCAUUUUGCACCAGCUCUGCCAACUCACUGUAUCUUACAUUAAACAUUUAUAUUCAACCCA